CAACAAUGAGGAACCUGGCGCCAGUCCAGAGAACGAUGUCGUCGAACAAAGCAACCAGCAAACCGAACAGCUGAACGAACAACAGUCGGUGCAUCGUCCACCAGAUACUAGUAGCCGUAGUGAUGGGCAACCUAUCGAAGCAACCAAAGAUGAGAUUCAAAGGGAAGAAGAGACACCUGUGGAGGAGCAAAAUUCCGCACCAACCGCACCUCCACUUUCCAUCAACGCCUCAGCGACCAUCGAUCGUACCGGAAUUAACCAACAAACCAAAAUAUAUCCUUCACUGCCGACUGUGAUGGCAUCGCAGAUGCAAACCCAUACGCUUGCGGACUUCACUCCAGUUUCCAAAAUCUAUCCUGCGCUUCCAGCCGUUAGCCAUACGCAGCAACAGCAUGCAACCCAACAAUGGGUCGGACUAGUUGGUGAGCUUCAGAAUGGUAACCUUGUGACAUUGAAUCGUGAACAAAUCGGUCAGUUGUUCCCACCAAACGCAACCCACGAGCUGCACGCUUUGAAGAUCGGCUUUGCAACGCGUGAAUGCCCUGCUAACUUUUGCCAGCAGCAAGCAUUCGUCGAACACUCGCUAUAUGUCCUACUUGACGAGUAUAUGCGAAAAAGCAUUCAAGAGGUGAAGCAGCGUGACAGUCUCCGUUCCUGCAGAAAGACGUACGAGAAAUUGCAGAGCGAGAUAUGGCGCAAAACAUCGAAGCGUUUCAGCGGAACCGCGUUCUGCGCUGAUGGAAAGCUGGUCACGGCGUCCACUGUUGAGUCUGUGAUGGUGCUGGAUGAUACGAUCGUGAAGCGGUACGAACGUGUUGGAAAGGAGAUUGAAGAGCGAAUGUACGAGCUGAACAAGACUCACCUGGCGACAGCGGGUAAGGCUGCUGAGAUCGAGGAUUACAUACGAGUUCAGCUUGGAGGUGGAAGCCAAGACAUCAGCAAGGGUCGUCCUAAUGUAAAAGUAGAUGGAUUGCGAGUUAGCUUGUCAAUCCUGUUUUAUUUUCUGCGAACAAGCCGUGGAAAACCAGGCCAUAAGUCUCCGAGACGAACUCGUAACACUACAUCCGGGGAACAAUCAAUGAGCCCGUUAGAUUCGGUUGGCGACCGCGAGUGUUUCAGUGAUAAUGUCCGUGGAUGGAUGCGUCUGGUAGCCAAAACGAUCGUUUGGUUGGGCACCGCCGAAGAUCGCAUAAACGUAAUGUUGCAGUUGUUACAUUGCGAGGCUGGGACGGCUUCUUGGUGCAGAGAAUUGAUAUACCCACUGCAGCCAUCCCAAGAGAAGACAUCUAAAGUGCUAACGGAUGAUGAGUUGAGGCAGGUGUUGAAAAUGCUAGAGCUUGGUUUGGCGCUCCAUCCGGAUCGCGAUUCGUUCGUAAAACCUCCGCCGGAAUCAGAAGAUACGUGUAUCGUGGAGUUGAACAGUGUAGGCCAUGUGAUAUCUGCUUCUAUUACGGAUGAUGGUUUAGAAUGUGAGGCAACUGAUCAGCAGACCGACUGGCAGGUGGUGGAUAGUGAUGGUGAAGAUUGCACCGGUUCCGAACAGGUUGCUCCCUUGAAGGAGGACGAUAUGAGCGGCUUUCUCGAGCAGAUCCCGUUUACGGACGUGUUUGGAACGCUGAUGGCCGUCGGUGGUGCCGACACGCUGGCUAACGGUACGAUGGUGAGCUUGCAUCGCAUUCUCCGCUCAACUACCAUCGCCCUCGAGAUUGUCCGGGUGCUAGCAAUCGGUUUGCGCACUUACCGCAACCAGGAUCGCUACGAAAACCUCAUUCGACGCCUUGGCCGGUUGAUUGCUCACACGGUACACUAUGUGGCCGAUAUUCUGCAAAUGUAUCCGGAUCGGGCGAAUCAGAAUGAUCCGGCACAUAAAGAGUUCCAGCGGCUAGUAGGCCGAGCCAUUUGUUCCUUCUCAUGUCUUCGUGACAGUGCCAGCUGGCACUCGUUGUUGGCUCUGCCGUUUCAGUUGCUUUCUUAUCCUGUGAUAUGGUGGCUGUACAGUGGUUUGUUGGCGGAUGUAGAGGACUGGAGUGAAGGGACGGCUCUAUCGGAGCUAGUACCGAACGACGAUGGUGAACAGCGUGCGGUGCGCAUGGAUACGCACUAUCGGCGGCUGCUCGAACGAACGCCGAAGGACGUGUACUACGUAUGUCAGCUGAUGGUUAGCUUGGUAGAUGGUCGCAACGUUCUCGUCGAGACUGGCAUUUUUCAUGUAAUAGUGAAAGAUUUUUUCCAACUUCUACUCCGUAUCGAUCAUGCUACUCAGCCGGUGCUGGUUGAGUACAUCUUCAGUGAGCUUAACUACUUGCUCAGUAAGCAUCCUUUCCUGUGUGAAGCACUGAUUGUUGAACUCCAGUGGUGCGCGCAACAAGAAUCCUCGACAGCUGAUCGAUUGCCGGGUGUCAAGUAUUUGCAAGAAGUGUUUCGUCUACUCCCAUUCCGCAGCUACUCACCAACUGUAACGUGCGUCGAUAAAAUGAAUCACAUACUAACCGGAGUGAAG